AUGGAACGGGCCCUGCAGGCUCAACAGGUUCCUAAAGAGCAAUGGAUUGAGUUUGGAGCUUCUCAGUUGCAAGGAGAGGCUCAAUAUUGGUGGCAGGGCCAGAUGACUGUUACUGAGUAUACUAGCAGGUUUGAGGAGUUAUGUCACUUUUCUCGUAUCUAUCAACGUGCGCCUGAAGAUUUUGCUGAGUUGAAGUGUAUCAAAUAUGAAGGAGGCCUUCGGAGUGAUAUUCUGAGCUUCGUUGCUCAAAUGGAGAUCAUAGUGUUUUCUGAAUUGGUGAAUAAGAGUAGGAUGGCUGAGAAAUGUGUGAGAAAGGCGGUAGCAGAGAAAGGAAGUUUGAGGAAUCAAGGCCAGGCUAAUUACAGAAGGCCGAAUACUAAUGUUAAUCAUGGAAGAAGGUUUAGGAAGCAGCCACAACAGGAUUUGACUUGUCAGAGGUGCGGGAAGUAUCACCCUGGAGUUCUGUGCAGAUCAGGAAUUGGGGUAUGCUAUUUUUUUGGACAGCCCGGGCAUUUGGCUAAUAACUAUCCAGAGAAAAAGAAGUAUGAGACUGCUAGAGUACAGCAGCGGGGGAGAGUAUAUACCACUUAUGCAGCAAGUGUUGAGGGAUCUGAAACACUGAUUAGAGGUAACAAUAAAAUGGCUGGUAAAAUCUUAAAUGCUUUAUUUGAUUCAGGAGCAACUUAUUCAUUUAUUGUAUUUGAAAAAUCUAAUGAGUUAGGAUUGAGAAUGGUGGUUUUAGGUUAUGAUUUGAAAGUGCAUAAUGCUACUCAUGAAGCUAUGGUGACUAGGUUAGGAUGUCCACAAGUUCCAUUUCGAAUACAACAGCGUGAAUUUAUGCAUGAUUUGAUUUGUUUGCCGAUGUUUGGUCUUGAUCUCAUUUUGGGUCUAGAUUGGUUAUCCAAGAAUCAUGUUUUGCUUGAUUGUUCUGAAAAGUCAGUACAGUUUAUACCAGAAGGGUCAGAAGCGCCGGUUGUGGUGAACAGUUACUAUUUAAACUCUAUGAUAGUAAACUAUUCUGGAAUUGAAUGUCAGGAUAUUAUAUUAUUAACUGCGGGAGUGUCAGGUGAUGAUCAGAGUUUAGAGUAG